GGGAACCUUCAAAGGCCUCUACUCUCUUCGAGGAGCAGCAGAAAACGAACAUGGCUCAGGGAUCCGUGUCGUUUGAGGACGUGACCGUGGAGCUCACCCGGGAGGAGUGGCAGCAGAUGGGCCCCUGGGAGAGGAGCCUGUACAGGGACGUGACGCUGGAGAACUAUGGCCACCUCGUCGCAGUGGGGUGUUGCAUUACCAAACCCAAGGUUAUCCUCAAGUUGGAGCAAGGAGAAGAACCAUGGUCCCUAGAAGUCAAAUUCCUAAACCGGAAGUACCCAG